CGGGGUGGUAGUGAUUGCUGCUGGGUCAAGUGUGUGUGUACACAGAGAGAGCUUGUUCUCCUCGGAUCUGCUAGAAUCUCAGUUUUUUGAAGAUCUUUUUCCUAUUUGGCCUAAUCUGUUCUUCCCUGUGUUGGAUUACUUUUUUUUUUGUUUGUGGAAUAAACUUUUCCCUCCUUCGGGAAGGAAUUAAAAGUAAUUCGUGGGGGCCUCCUUUCCUUCUCUGGCACAGCAAAAGACGUUCCCUGGCCAGCUGAGAGACAUAGUCCCUCCAGCAUGUCCUGGGUCUUCCCUUGCAUCUCUUCCCAGCUGGAUGUGCACAGAAAGCCUCACCAGGGAGGCAUCCAGGAGGCGAUCUGACCAGAUGCUCAAGCCACCUCAACUGGCUCUUCUCGACAUGGAGGAGCAGCGGGCCUACUCCAAGUUCCUCCUGGAUGACCAAGCUUCUCACUCUAUCCAUAAGGAAAAGUCCAGCCACCCUUUGGAGAAAACUAAUUUCAGCCGUUUGUAUCUGCAACGUCACUCUUCCGGUCACUACCCAAAGCUCGUGACCAUAGGUGAGUGUAGGAACAAAAAUUGACCAGUAAAUCGAAAGGCAUCUCUGUCCCUUACCUGGAGAAGACUUUCUACCCUUUUACGAUUCAAGACCAUGGUAGUGGAUUUAGAAGAGAUGAUUUUCAUCCCAGACGCUUCACACUCGACUGCAAACUGCUCCAGCAAAGCUGCAGAUUACUGUCUGAUGAAGCCAACAGGACCACAUCAUCUGCAAAAAAGCUGAGACCUGCUCAGGCCACCUAGAUGGAUCCCCUCCACACCUUGGCUGUGCCUAGAAAUCCUGUCCAUAAAAGUUAUGGACAGAAUCGGUGACAAAGGGCAGCCUUGGUGUCCAACUCUCACCGGAAACGAGCGCGACUUACUGCCAGCAAUGUGGAGCAAGCUCUGACACCAGUCAUACAACGACCUAAUGCCACUUUACACAUUUGCGUCGGUAUAGUCAGAGGAGGAUUGCAUCAGUUCGGUCUUGAACGGGCAAUGUAGUGUUCACAUAUAUUUCCAGAGGCAUCAGGAAUGCAGAAAUCCCCAAGCCCAUGGGUGACGUUUAAAAUAAAUUGAAAAGUCCAUCGUGUCCUCUAUAGUAAGAUAAACAAAGACAGGUGAGUUGUGUUGCUUUUGGAGACUCUGAACCACAUUAUUUUAUUAAUUUGCUGUGUGUGUCCUCCUCAUAAAACUCUGUUCUCCACUGCUGUGGACCAUCUACACACACACACACACACACACACACACACACACACACACACACACACACACACACACACUGCUUUCUCCUCCCACUGAGCAUCUGUCUGCCGGUUAGCUGGGGCAAGAGCUCCGAUGCCCCAAAGACAGGACCACACUCACACGCACAGCUCUCUCUCUCUCUCUCUUUUCCCGUUCCCACUGAGCGGGAGCUCCGUGCUAGAGACAGAGAUGUUUAGCAUCCAGCAUGAAAAUAAAUUGCGCAUGCAGGUACUCCCCACUGGCUGAUUCUACUCGUCAAUCAGAGGCGGUAGGCAUAAUUUCAGCUGGCAAAUCAGUCUUUAGUGUCACGUCUGUCUCAGUUGGACCACUGGGGAGGUGGUCUGGAAAAAAAAAGAGUUGCCUCGGAUCUGAAAAAGCAUUUCUGACCCUUGUGUGAAAUCAAAUUCAAGUUCCGUAUCUGACCGUACCAAAGCUAAUGUGUAAGCGGCAUAACAGCCCAUAUCAAAGGGCCUGGCAGCCCAUACUCUCAGAGUACCCCACACAAGGCCCCUUGAGGGACGUGGUUGAACGCCUUCUCCACAGCUACAAAACACAUGUAGACUACUUGGGCAAUGUGAAUCUCAGUCUUAUCUUCAUUCAGAUGUAGAAAGUUCCCAGCCAUCCAGGUUUUGAUACAGUUUAAGCAGGUGUGUAACAGCUGCAGCUUAGACAUCUCAUGGGGCUUAAAGGAGAUGUACAGCUGGACAUCAUCUGCAUAAAGUAGGUAGGAGAUGUAUUUCAAAUCGCUCAGGAUGUGCUGAAGAGGCAUCAGAUAAAGGAGGAACAGUGGCUCCAGUACAGAACCUUGUGGGACACCAUGGCAAAGGAGGAGGACUGAAAUUUGAAGAUGGCCACAGAGACGAAAUUCUCAGACAGUAACCACCAUGGAUGAGGAACAGUGCUACUACAAUGAAACCAUUGCUUUCUUCUACAACCGCAGUGGAAAACCCCUCGCUAGUGACUGGGACACAGUCAGCAGGCUGGUGAUGGGUUUGGGUAUCACCGUUUGCAUUUUCAUCAUGCUCGCCAACCUCCUGGUAAUGGUGGCUAUCUACGUCAACAGAAGAUUUCAUUUCCCAAUCUACUACCUGAUGGCAAACCUGGCAGCUGCUGACUUCUUUGCUGGAUUGGCCUACUUCUACUUGAUGUUCAACACGGGACCAAACACAAAGCAUCUCACUGUUUCAACGUGGCUGUUGCGUCAAGGCUUGAUCGAUACGAGCCUGACGGCAUCCGUGGCCAACCUACUGGCCAUUGCCAUAGAGCGGCACAUCACUGUCUUUCGCAUGCAGCUCCACACGCGUAUGAGUAACCGACGUGUGGUGGUGGUGAUUGUUAUAAUCUGGACCAUGUCAAUAGUGAUGGGGGCGAUCCCUAGCAUAGGCUGGAACUGUAUCUGUAGCCUUAAAAGUUGUUCCAACAUGGCACCGCUUUACACCAACUCCUACUUGGUCUUCUGGGCGUUGUUUAACCUAGGGACGUUUGUUGUCAUGGUAACACUGUAUGCCCACAUCUUUAUGUAUGUGCGGCAGAGGACCAUGCGGAUGUCGCGGCACAGCUCCGGACAACGGCGCAACCGAGAUACAAUGAUGUCACUGCUGAAGACGGUGGCUAUUGUGUUGGGUGCUUUCAUCAUCUGCUGGACUCCAGGUUUGGUCAUCCUCCUCCUCGACGUUUUCUGUGUCAACUGCAGCGUCCUCACCUACGAGAAGUUCUUCUUGCUUCUCGCCGAGUUCAACUCAGCCAUGAAUCCCAUCAUCUACUCCUACCGCGACAAGGAGAUGAGCGCCACCUUCAAGCAGAUCUUAUGCUGCCAGCGGCAAGAGAACAUCAAUGGCAUGGCAGUUGAAGGAUCCGACAGGUCUGCAUCCUCCAUCAACCACACGGUGCUGGGGGCAGGUGCGGUGCAUGAGCGCCAUCACCACAUCAACGAACACUCAGUGGUAUGAAAACCUGUACGAAGAAAAAGGGUGAAGGCUGGACAUUUUAGGAAUUCUUGGGAAAAAACAUGGUUAAAAGGGAUUGGGAAUGUGGAAAAACUGCAGACUGACGUGUACAUUUGUGCAUAAGAGCAGACGGAUGAGAAGGAAGGUGAAUACAAGGAAGGAGACAAUAGGACAUGAAAGACUUCAUCUGUUUGAAAACAGAAGUUAAACUAUUGAGGAUUCUGACAGGCUUGUAGUAUUUUUGUUUAGUGUUAAAUGUUUUUUUUACAAGCAAAGAUAUGAUUUAUUUAAGCUAUCUGUGAAGUGAAGGUGAAUCCAAUAUAACGAUCCUUAUUCUCCAGUUCCGACCCCACUUUGAAUCUCCUCUGUGAUAAAAACGAUAACUUCUCAAGCGUCGCUUGUGCCUCAUUGGCACAAAAAGGACUGACUUCUGUAACUCCUACAGGCUGAACACAAGUGAUUUUACACCUCAUGAACCUGACUUCAUCUCUCAGCUUUUCUGUGAUUUCCCAUGACGGCAAAGGCACAACAUAGUAUGUGAAAAAGACAGUAUUUAGCAUUGAGCGUGUGUUUUUUUCAGAAACACAAUCCGACACAAACUUCUUCAGUUGAGGCCUUUGGAUUGACAUAUAUUAGGUCAGAUGAACUCUAUGCUCUCUUUCAAGGUCAUUUAAAUGUUCAGUGAAAACUAAAUAUGCAACUAAACACUUCAAAUUCAAAUUCAAAAAUACUUUAUUAAUCCCAGAGGGAAAUUCCACACUUUACCUUUGUUUGUUAACUCAGGACAGAUUUUUCUUUGGAGUUGUCAUUAUUUUAACAGUAAUACUGAAAAUGCACGCACGCACACGCGCAUGCACACACACUCACACACACAACAAAAAUUGCAGCACCAAGAGAAAUCAAUGCCAGAUACUUUUUUCUAUGAAGUGAUCUUAAAAAUAUAUAUUAUCUUAUAAAUUUGUCCUUUUCCCAACUGUUUGUUUUCAGUAUCCCAGCUGUUCCCAAACCUUUGAAGGCCACUGACCCCUUACAGAAGGGUGCAUUGUUCUCCAAGGCCCCCCUUAUAUGUUGUGGGCAGGUUCACUGUUUGUUUUUGUUUUUUACUGGGGUGCGUGGUUCUCACUCCUUCACUGGAAAACCAAAUCUUUUGUUUUAUUCUUGAACUACGUUGGCUUUGGGAUGAUAUUCCACUGUAACCAUUGCUUCAUUUACUACUUGAAGACACAAGACACAUUUUGGUCCUCCACACUCAUUCUCUAUGAAGCCAGAAUCCAGGUAACUGUUGUGAUCUAAUUUCAGCUGGUUCGGCUUUUGCAUUGACUUGAUAAAAUAGACAAACUUGAAUAUUUGUCCAUUAUCCUAAUUAGCUCCACCCCAGGAGAUGCAUACAUAUAGGUCCCACUACAUGUGCUUCAUGGGCCCACAAUUUAUGGCUUUUGGACCCUUAGGAGUCCAGGGACCUCAGUUGGAGCACACUGCUUUAUCCAACAAACCAAUGCAAACACUUCAGUAAAUGCCAUAAAUCAGGACAUUUUGUUAAAAAGCAAGUCGUUCCAAAGAUUUCUACAUUGGCUAUUUUCAGAUUAAAUUAAAUUUGUUCGGAUAAAAAAGGUAUAAUUUAGGUUUAUAAGAGUAAAAUAAGAUUAAGAGUAAAGUCAAACACAGAAAGAAAAGAGACAUGAUUAUUCCAAUAAGCAUAACAACAAAACCUCAAAACGUACCCUCCUGCCCUAAAAAAAACAACUCUGAGUUUGUCCAUGAUAAAAUAAGGUCAUUAUACCAUAAUCUAAAAUAUGUUCUCAUUGAAAUGAGAUUAGCGAGGAUAAAUUCUGACUGCAGCUCUUAUUGGAAACUUGAUGUACUGAAGGUCAACCUUAAAGCAGCUUCUUUAAAUCCUUGUUCUAUUAGAGCUUUUGUGCCUCUACCUAAACAUUUAACAUAAAAAAAAAACAAACUACUUGGCUGCAAAGGAAAGACACUUAGAAGCUUUGUGGAAAAAUGGCUUUUCUCACAAACCUCAUUUAUGACUUCAUUUGCUCUAUCAUCACACUCCUCACAAAGCUGGACCUUAGCUGCUCUUAAAGGAUCCUCUUAUAUUCUCAUACAUCCCAAGACUUGGGUGCCAAGUCCUCAAAUUGCUUAGAUUGCAGCUUAGUCAAAGAAGACCUAAGCAAAAAUGCGACAAAAAAGAUGAUGUUUACUCGACUCUGGAGUGAAACAAACAAACUGUUGCUGCUGCAUUGUCUGAGCUGAUCUUCCACACAAUGUGCCCCCCCCCAAAAAAACUCACCAGGGUACCCGACAAGAUGAAAAAUGUUGUGAUUUAAUCCCUUUGUUUCUGCCCUGCUAGUUAUCUCGUGAUAACUACUGAUUAUGGUAAACGAUUUUUCUCUCCGGGAUAUAAAUGAAGUGAUCAGACAUCUUGGUGAGCCUGUAUAUGUUCACAGGAAGCUGCUGGUCUGUAGGUCUUCAAACCUUUUAAACCAAACUCCAAAGAGCUACACCGGAUCAUUUCAGUACAAUGAGCAGUGUGCGUUUUUUUAUCAAUUUUUCUUCCAGUUUUUCUAUUUUCUCUCUUUUGCUAACAUGAUCAGCUAAACAUGCCCAAGAUCUUUAACUACCUUGUUUCAUAUUCAGCAUUAUUAGCUUUCUUUUUUAAACAACACAGAAAUGGUAAAUUUUCCUUUUCUUUUCUUUUCUGUCUGGUCCAGGUACACUAAUGUGUACAUGCUUUGAACCAGUCGUAAUUUUUUUCUGUUUUGGUUUCAAAAAGCCAUACUUUUUAAUAUUUUUAGGUGUUUUAAAAAGUAAACAUCAGCAAAAACUGGGCUCUGUUACAGUUUAUGGUCGGAGGGUCCGGUGGCGCCAGUGCUCGGCAGCCUUACCUCUGUCAGUGCGCCCCAGGGCAGCUGUGGCUACAUUGUAGCUCAUCACCAUCAGUGUGUGAAUGUGUGUGUGAAUGGAUGAAUGAUACUCUGUAGUGUAAAGCGCUUUGGGGUCCUUACUCUGAGAGGCGCUAUACAAGUGCGGGUCAUUUAUCAUUUAUUAUCUAUCAAAUGCAGAGAUGGCAAUAGUUCAUUCAUGAAGCAGUAAACAGAACAAUAACAACAAAUCAAUCCAUUCAAAAUGAUCAGGUAGCUUAAACAGGAAUGGAGAAAGGUGCAAAUAUUAAAAGAAAUGUUCAUCAACAAGCCUGGCUGCAUGGAAGCAGAUUAUAAAGAAUUGAGUGACAGUGUCUGACUGUUUCUAAACUCACUCCAUUUACACUGUAAAAAAUAAAAGUUCCAUGAUUCUUUUGUUUAUUGUUUACAAACUCUUUCAUCAAACAGUAAAUUAAUAAGUUUGUCCACCUCUCAGAUCCUUGAUCUUAAACAAUUUAUCUCAUUUUUUGCCCUUUGGCUCUGCCGUCAUGUUUGCUAUUCACUCUCAUUAGUAAUUUCAUGGAUUAGAUCAGGUUAUUAUAACAAACCAACUAAACUUUCUUUGUUUACCAGUGUGCCACUUUUUGUGUACUAAAGUAAGUAUAUGUGUACAUUAUGUAAAAAUAUCUGUAUACCUUCCUAAGUUAAUCACCAGAAAGGGAAAAGGCUUUGUUGCCUUUGACUUUACCUGUUCUACUUGGUCUAAAUGUGCUGUAGGAUUGUGUUUGUGGUUACAUGUCAUCUGUGAUGGGUUCAUAGAGCCGUUAAAACACGUCUUGGUGUGUUCGUGUCCCAAAUAAUAGUCUGAAAAGCAUUUGUACUCUGGCUGAAAUUCCAAACACAUCCAGCUGUGUUAGCACGUAACUACAUCCAACAAAGCAGCGAGAGAAGAUGUGAAAUAAAACCACUGGAGAUGAGCAAAUUCACAGGAGGCAUAACGUUACCUGUGAGGUUGUAUUGUGUUUACAUUCAGUGUAGAACAAUGAUUCGUGUCAGGAAUGGAAGUGUUUCUACAUGGAUAGGUUUGACGAAAUGACCUCUCCAAACAUUUUUUUGGCCUUCACUGGGUGGUAUUUUAUCCCAACAAUCUUCACUGGGAGUCUUUUUUUUUUCCUCAAAGUUAAAGGUGAAGGCUAAUAUAUAACCCUAACACUAUCUCGACACCAAAAACUGCACAAACCAAAGUCAUAGCCAGAUUGCUUUAAUUAACAUUUGUUAAUGAAAUCAUUAAAAUUUGGAGUAAAUGUGUCAGUAAAGUGGAGUGCCCAUACCUUUGAUUCAAACAGUACCAAUAAAUACACAUCCAGAGUUGUUGAUAUUCCCAAAAUCAAUUAAAACAAGACAUCUUAAUUUGUGUGUGGCCAUGUUUUGUUUCUGAUGAGCAUCUUAGAUGGUGUUACCGGAAUGGAAGAAAUGAUAGCACUGUGUUUAGUCUUGUCAUGGUGGUUCCUCUCUGUUAUCUGUUUCCAUGACAUCAAGCAACCCAGGGCACAGGGUCACAGAGACACGCCUGAUAAUGUAUGGACCUUGAGCCGGCAACGUUUUCACAGCCUUGGCUUUCCGCAGAAACCUUCAUAUGACAGUUUCUUUAGUUUGGAACACAUUUCUUUCCAUUUCAGUUGAUGAUUUUUUAUACGUGUGGACAUACCAUUAAUUGUCCAUGUAGGGAUUACUGUGCUUUAGGACAUUGCCAUUUUAUGGAAGACUACUUAUGUGUGAUGCUCUAAAAGUUGUUGCCACAGCAGACAAAUAUUUUCUUUGGAAACAAUAUUUCUGUGUGUGUUGUUAAAUGUUCCACCGUUAUGAAGUGUUUGCCUCCAGCUGACUGAUGUAUGUCUCUUCACUUCCUGUUGCUACCGAAUGGACCAAUGAGAGUCUGUUUCCAAACAGGAAAUUCCCCUGGUCGCUGAGUGAAGGGGAUGUCACAUCAUUGUCAUGUCAAUAGGCACUUUCCAUGGUUUCCAUUGUUGCUCAGGGAGUGACAAAAAAGGCUUUCUUCAGUCAAAGAAUACAUUUUAGUAAAUGAAAUCAAACACUUUUCACCCUCUGCAUUAAGGAAAAAACAGCAAGUUACUUUGGGCCAAAGAAGAUUUUUGUGAAAAACAAGAAGUGAUUUCUAACUCUAAUAAUGUGCAGAUCAUCGACAUAAUAUACGGUGCAGAUGCAGAUUUUUUAAGAGCAGCUGAAGCAGGCUGGUUUCAAACCUACUGAUUAAAGCUUAAUAGAUUUAGGUUGAGAGCUGAAUUACUCUGAAUUCACUCUUCAGUAAAUAAAAAUGAAAUGAGCAUCUCCUUUGAUGCAACAAAUUAUUUCUGAUUAUAAUCGUUCACUCUGUUUGUCAUGCAGGCUGAAGAUGAAAAUAGUGUUAAGCUCUAUUUCCUGUGUUAGCUUCUGCCAGAAAUAGAAGGAAACACAUCUGGUUCAGAAGUGUCUGGCAGAUCUACGUCCAAACACAUCUGUAAAAGGAUCGUUUAGUAGCUCAAAAAGACGUAAUUCUUGACAGAAGGCAUCUUGGGUAUUGGAGUUACUUCCGGGUGUUUUUUUUUUCAUUGCGCUUUUUAAUUUAGGCAAGGAAAAUAAGACUUCAUCCUAUUAAAUGAAUACAAAGAUUGAACACAAAAAUGUCACAAAGAAUUAACUCAAUAUCAUAUAGACCUAGCCGAUUUGCAACCUGGGAAAAAUGCAAAUAUUUGUAUUUAAAUCCAUUACAACAGCCAAGUAGCCCAUCAAAAAUAAAGCAAAAUGAAUAAAAUAACGAUAAAAUUGUGUAAAAGAAAGGUUGAGUUAGUGUGUAAAGUCUAAAUAGAAAGCAGUGCUGCAGUUCUAAAUGAUUAAAAAUGACAUGCUGACGUCAGGAUUUUUAGGCCCAUGCAUUUCAGUGAUGAUGAAAGUCGUGUGGACUAGCACGAGAAAAUGAUGUAUCCGUGUCCACGAGCACGAAAUGUUAGAUUACAGUUCGUGAAUGUGACACGGAAUGCUGUGACACCGGGUUGCUGCAUCACACUGUCACUUAACAAUCAUGGACUCACUUAUCUUGGCUCACGGCGGGAAGGUUGUUGAUUUAGCAAGAACAUCUCGGCUAGAAGAAGCUAAUGUUAGCAUUAGCAACUGCACAACAUGACAGAACUCCUUCAGACUUGUGUUAUUUGUGGAAAUAAAACAAAAACGUUGCAAAGCAAAUGGAGUCAGUGGUAGAGUUGUGCUGCUUGUUAGCCAAUCAGAAGUGAGAUGUCCAAAUAUCAGGAAAUAAGACUCCAAAUCCCACAAAUAUGAAUUUGUAGAAGCUCCAUUGUGCACAGAAGAUUGUAACAGUCACUCUCCAAACCCAACGGGAGUCAACGAACUGUGAGCAACUAUCCCCGUUUAUUGAAAAUGGAUCACAUCUGACUUUUCUGGGACUUUUCUAGGCCAACUGCUGAGAUUUUUUAUUAAUUUUUUUAUUUUUUAUUAAGGCGCACUUGGCAGUUAUUAAUUCUCUGUGGUCAAACUGAAAAUGAAACCUAUCCCCUCCCUGUGCGUUUGUCCUUUUAACGUCUCAAUCUAAAAGCUGAAAUGUCUCCCCAGCCUUGGUUUCUACAGGAGUGAUUCAUCACUAAAUUAAACAAAUCAGCUGUGUUCAUGAUCUAAAACAUGCAGGAAACCUGCUGGUACCAGACUGCAGCACCAGGUAUGCCAGCACCAUUUUUUAAAGACCGACAAGUAGCGCCCACCACGCUGAAGUUGCAGAUGCAGUAAUGUGGCCAUAGGGGGUGGUGAGGUUUGAGUGACAAUUAAUUUACCUUUUAAAGGGCCAUUUCAGCACAUAGUGACUCAAGAAAAUUGUUUUAAAAUAUGAAAAAGUUGCAUAGUGUGGCUGUUUAGAAAAAUGCUAGACAAGUUAUUUAACUAUCAUGCAAUGCUACAUGUCUGAUUUUGUGAAAAAGCAUAAUAAAAUGUGUUUUUUUUUUUUGUUGGAUAAGCAUCUUCCUCAGUAGAAAUAAAUGCACUGGAGGCAAAUGGAGACCCAUCCAAGAUGGUUGCCGACCACUAUGGCAGCUACAACAGGGAGCGCCAGUCCACGAGGCAUCUACAUCUGUGCCAAAUCGUGCUCAGUUCAUAUCUGAUCUGGCUCACUUCUCACAGAGAACACAUUAUAAAUAAGUAACAACAAUAUAAAAAAAAAACAGCCUGCCUCAAAGAUCGGUUCAUAAGCAACUUCAACUUCACAAGUUUCACUUUUUCACAAAUUGUGACACACAUUCACUUUAAUUAUCUUAUUGUGCAUCAAAGAUUUGUUCAACUUGGAUUAAUAUAUUAAAUAAUGCAGUGUACAAUGUAGAAUACAAUAAAAAAAUGUAUUGCACAUAUA